AUGGGUCGCAGAGCUCGAGUAACAAAGUCACCAAUCAAAGCCGACGAGCCCGCACUUCCUCAAACCAUCUUCGCCCUUCCUCUCGGAGAAUACAAAAUCCCUCUGAUAAAACACAUACUCUCCUUUUUCUGUCAAAAAAGCACCUUCAAAAGACGCAAAUCACUAACUAGUCUCCUGCAAAAGCUAGCACAGAUAGAACAAACCCUCCCAAAAGAUGAACAAGGAGCAGUAAGUCAACUUCUUCACCAUAAUAUGCCCAUUACAAGAGCCGCUAUUAAAGCAGGACCACAAAAGGAAGAUGCAGAUGGAAAGCUUUUAGGGAUGAGCGAGGGUAAAAAUCUAGAAUAUAAAAACUACCUCCGUAUGCUUGAGAUCUGUCAUCUACCAAACUUUCGAUGGUGCUUGAAUGCCGCCUGCGACGCUGGCCAACUUCACAAACACGGAUUUAAUGACUUCAGGGUUAUAUGCGAUGUUUGUAAAUCCGCGAGCUGCUUUCGACAUCAAGUUCCAUUAGCUAGAGCUGGAAAGAUCAUGCGGUGUAAAGCCUGCGAGAAUGGAGUGAAAAUCCUAGAGUUUGCCGGCACGAAACUAUGUCCACAGUGCAAAGCACCGACUAUUAUGGAACCGAUCGUAUGUGAGAAGGCAACUUGUUGUUGUGGAUAUAAAUGGUCGGAUUUCACAAAAGCUCGAGCUCGUUGA